AAAGCUCAAGUGUGUCCGUGUGAAUAUUACAACGGGAGCAAAGGACGAAAGUUCUCUCGCAAAUCAUUCACGAUAUUAAACGAUGACAAAUAUUAAACGUUUAACUUCGUUGGGCUCUGGUCUCUAAUAUCGUGGUCGUUACUAGGCAUUCUAAUCAAACAGAAUCAUAUUUUGUACAAUAAAAUUAGAUUAAGGAGAAAGCUUACCAUCAACUAAUUUGUGACCAGAUGGACAUGUACAUUUCUUCUCUUUUGGAUCACAUUGGUAACUGCACCCACCAUUCUCUGGACAAACAAUUUUUCUCGUCUCUUUGACACAAUGGUUAUUAUGUUUCACAACACGUGUUUUGCUACGUGUAGGUUUGGGCCCACAAAAUGGCGAGCACUCACUCCAUGAAGUCCAGUCUAAAAAUGUAGAUAGCUCUAUCAGUUCUAAACUGUUCCUCCCAGGAAAAUCAUUGGUUCAUUGCUAGUACAGAAUAUUAAAGAUCAGAUAACAAUGAAAUCCUACUGCGCAAUUCUGACAAGUGUCGUAUCACGGGAGUGUCACAAGAAUUCCGCAUUCGUUAGAAAAUACGGCACAAUUGACCUUGAGUUUGGUGAUGUACUGUAAACGAUUCUCCCUUGUUGUUUUGCUUGGUUUGUUUCUCUUCUGUUCUGUUUCUUCCUGGCGACGACGUCGUAGACGGAGAGCACCGCCGCCACCACCAGUUGACUGUAAAGUUUCAAGCUGGUCCUCCUGGGGUACAUGCAGCGAGAAAUGUAAAAUUGGUAGACAGACACGAAGUCGUAAAAUCGUGACCCUUCCGACGUUUGGUGGAUCAAGCUGUCCCAGCAAUUAUGACGAUUCUCAACAGUGUGGUAAGGUAAAUGGAGGCUGUGAUGACUUCUGCGACAGCAAAACUGGAACGUGCCUUUGUGACAAGGGCUAUAAACUCGGAGUGGAUAAGAAAUCGUGUGUGGACAUCAACGAGUGUAGUGAUGGUUCAGCUCAGUGUAUCAACUCAAACUGCGUUAACACAGACGGCAGCUAUCGCUGUGUUUGUCUCCCAGGAUAUACUUCAUCUAGCUCUACUAAAUGUGAUCCCAAAUCAUGCGGCCCAUUGACGGCACCACAAUGCCCUUCCAACGCAUAUCAUGAUGAAUUUGGUGCCGCAUGUAGGCCCGCGAGCAUCGACUGCCCAGGAGGGCGAGAAUACUUGAUGUCGUGUGCUCUUACUUGUCCUGUUUAUUAUAAACUAGCGGAGAUCAGUCAACCGCAAGGAGGAGAACAGUUUGCACAGAAUUUUAACACUGUUGACUUUGCUAAGCCAAAUCAAAACACUGUUUGUACUGUUGAUGCUAAUUCAGGCAAUGUUUUUUGGGACUGGAAUCCAGGGAACAAUCCUUAUUAUUGCAGAAGAAUUAACGACCCACCCUUGAAUGUCACGAUAUCAAGUAACAUGAUUAAUGAAAAACUGAAAUUCUUCACAGUUGUUGGUACAUUAUCAGCCACAGAUCCUCAAAACGACCCUCUGACAUACACCAUUUGGAAUGCAGAGGGAAACCAUUAUUUUCUUAUACAAGGCAAUAAGUUAUUGGUGAAGUCACGUUUAGUUUGGAACCCUGAUUUGACGCGCAAUAACAAGUAUCCAGUGAUCGUGAAUGUCAGUGAUACUGGUUCACCAAUCAUGCGCUCUCAAAAUGCCCUCAGUAUAACCGUGUUGAACGUGAAUGAUCCACCGUACAAUUUAGAACUGUCAAACAGUGAGGUUUCAGAGAAUGUUGCAAUAAACUUCACUGUUGGUAAUCUGACCGCUGAAGAUGACGAUAUCCAUCCAAAGAGGACCUCGAACUUCUCCUGGGAGUUGGUCGACUCGGAUAACGGCUUUUUUUCGCUUCGUGGAAACAGCGUAAUUGUAGCAAAAAGCUUAGAUCACGAGUCUCAGAAAAUUCAUAGAAUUCAAGUAAGGUGCACUGAUUAUGAAAUUCCUAGAAAGUCGUCGCAGGUGCAGAGUAUGUUUAUUAGUGUACUUGAUAUGAACGAUUCUCCGAAGAAUAUCAACUUGACCAAUCAUCGUGUGCCUGAGAAUUCUCCGAAAGAUUACGUGGUUGGCGAGAUAAUUGCGAAAGAUGAUGAUAACGACACACUGUCGUUUGAUUUAAGUGGAACAGACAAAGAUGUUCUCGGAGUGUUUGCAUUGAAAGGCGCUGCAACUUGUGGUAUUCAUCUUGAAAAUGGGAAGUCUCUUCAAACUUGCUCCAUACCGUUGGUUGUAAAUGGAUCGUUGGAUUACGAGCGAGAGGAAGAACAUGUUAUUUGGGUCGGCGUGACAGAUCCAGGAGGAAUAACGCGGAAAAGAUUUAGAAUUGAAGUUCUGAAUGUGAAUGAAAAAUCUACUGAUAUCACGAUAUCCGAAAAUAAAGUACCUGAGAAUUCGGCUUUGGGGACUGUGGUUGGAGAAUUCUUGGUGAAAGAUCCUGAUAACAAGAAUGGUUUAAAGCAAACUCACACCUGUUCCUUGGUGAACUCUCCCCGUGGCGAUGAAGAUGCCUUUCAUAUUUCCCAACGAAAUCAAAGAAAUUUUCUAAUUGUGAAAGGAAGCGGCAAGAUCCUUGAUUUUGAGACAAAAAAUUUGUAUAACAUCACUGUUUCGUGUAAGGAUAGUGACCUUGGUAUCUCAAAGUCGUUCCUUAUUGAAAUCACAGACGUGAACGAGGCACCUCAAUCUCUUAUCCUUUCAAACACAAGUGUUCGAGAAAGCACAUCAAACGAAAUCUUCAUCUCCACGUUAUCUGCCAAAGAUCCUGAAGGAACAAACCAAUCAUUUACUUACACCGUGAGAGAACCCGGUUCAUCAUUUCGUAUCAGUGGAGCGAACAAGGACCAACUCGUUCAUAUUGGGAUGAUUGAUUUCGAGCGUACACCAAGUAUCACAGUCCUUCUUCGUGUUACUGACAAUGGCGGUUUAUUCUUAGAAAAGGAAUUUCAGAUCACUGUUGAAGACAUGAACGACCCACCAAGUGACAUCCGACUACAUCCAAAUUCAACACUUCAUGAAAACAGUCGUGUUAAUGUCUUCAUCAGUUCUGUUGAUGUGGUUGACGAAGACAGUGGCUCGAGAGCUUCGUGUAGAUUAUUAAACUCUAGCAAUAACCGAGUUAAAUUGAAAUCUGGAAAUCUUUUAGCUGGAUCCACUGAAACUGACUACGAAAGUCUUGACUCUUCCAAGUCUCUGCUGAUUCAAAUGAGUUGUGAAGAUCAGCAUGGGGCAAGUGUGACUCGUUGGAUCACUGUGCCCGUUGCAGAUGUCAAUGAACCGCCUACAGACAUCAUUCUGAAAAACUUGGAAAUCCGAGAAAACCUGAACGAUACUUUGGUGGGAAUUCUAGAAAUUUCAGAUCCUGAUCUGGGGCAAAGGCACAAUUGCACCAUCAUGAGUGAAGGAGCAAUGUUUUAUAUAAAUAAUGACGUGAGUCCACCUGCGUUAAAAACAGCGCAUCCACUAAACUUCGAAACGUCAAGAGAUGAAAGUGUCUAUAUCAAAUGCGAUGAUAUUGUCCUGGAUCACGAGCAACCUCAAUUCACAACAGAAAAACAGUUCAAGAUUUUUGUGAUAGACGUCAAUGAAGCGCCAGAGAUAAUCUGUGACAAUCCAUUCUUUGUGUUUCCUCUGUUUUCUCGGCGCUCAGCGCUUGGAAAGAUCCAGAAUUAUGAUCCUGACAACGAAAAGUAUUACAAGUCGAAACAGAACUCAAGCGUACCUUUUGAUCCACGAAAACAGCUUGUGAAUUAUAGCUUCGAGAAAGAGAAUUAUACCUGGCCAUUCGAUAUCACCCUGAAUGGAAUUAUCUAUCUGGAAAAGCCACUUACUGUUGAGGAAUUCAACGGCUCGAUCGUUUUUGGAGUGCGUGUUGAAGAUGAUGGUGUAGUUCUGGAAAGAAAACCUGGAACUACAGAAUAUCAGAUCAAAAAAGUGCCGUCGAAAUCUUCAAUACACAAAUGCACAAUCGUUAUCACGUCGAAUGAAAACAAGAUUGAUCUUCAUCUCAGCUCGAACACAAUCUUAGAGAAUGCGACAGAUGGAACUAUAAUAGGACAGCUUUUCCCUACACCAUCACUCCAAAAACAAAACCCCAAAUAUGAAAUCCUUGAAGAGAAAGAAGACGAACAACCAUUUGAAGUUGUUGGUGAUAUCUUAAAGCUAAAGCUUGGAAGCAACUUGGCUGAUGAAAAUUACUCAUCCAUCACACCCAACCCGUUCCCCGUCAUCAUUAGCAGUAUUCCCCCGAAUGCCCCAGUGUUUACAAAGACAUUUUUUAUAAAGAUAGAAAGCCUGUGUAUGUUUUGUCCUCAACCAAUAUUUUGUUUACGUCAAGUAAAAGCAACUGAAAGAUGUGUUGGAGAGAAAUAUCGCAUCAAUUCUACAGUCGAUCUUCCAUUUUCUGUCUUUGAAAAACCUGGCUUUAUACGAAAGUUGGAAAAUUAUAUAGAAGAUCUGAUUGUUAAGAAAACCUCCCAGACGCUUUCAGAAUUUCUGCGAGAUUUAAACGAAAAAAACAAGGCAUCCAGAAGAAGACGUGAUACCAAUACAUACAGUGAUGUUCAUGUGGAGCUGUUUCUUUAUUCCCCUGAAGGAGAUUCAAAACAAUCAACCAACAUUAUCUUUGCAGUAGCCGAGAAACCAGGCUAUGAGCUCAUUCCGGCUUCAAAAGCGUGUGAUUUAUUGAAAGGCACCGAUGUAAAAUGUUUUAGUGAGGAAUCCAAUGCGUCAGCCGACACAGGAAGUGGUGAAGAUGAAAAUGGUUCUCACCUGUUCAUUGUUUACAUCAUUGCCCCAGUGUUUGUUGUUGCUUUUAUUGCGGCUCUGCUGGUUUUCUGGAGAAGACGAAAAAGUCAAAAGAAGGAUGAAAGUUCUGUUGUUCAUUUCGCGCGGGACAGCGACACGGCCACGGUUGACUCGAUGUACGAAACGCCAAUUGAUGAAAGAAAUCAAAAUUUAUCUCACAGCGAAACAUCAAAUCCUGUCUUGAUCGAGAAACGUCAAGACAUUAAGGUGUUUCAUAACCCGGCGUACAAGUCCAAGGGUAGCGUCAGUAAAGCCAGCGAGGGAGAUGACGAGGAGACAACGAAACGAAGAACUUUCAAUCACUACGAGACGACGGAUCCUGCUCCAGUUUAUGAAACUAUCGAUGAUUUGUAUGAAAAAGUUCGGGAAGAAGCUGAGAAAGAAGAUGAACCAGCAAAGAAAACUUCACGUAAGAAGUCUCGCUCUAAUCCAGUUUAUAAUAUGGACGGAGAUGAUGAUUCUCUGAAUCCAGUUGUUAACCUUUCCGUGCGAAGCCCUUCCAAGAAAGAGAAUGAUGACGUUUUUCUUCCCAUUCACGAGGAAAUUGAUGUAGAUGACUCGUCAAAAAUCCUCAGUACAUUCCAACCUGAGGCCAAGUCUGGCCCCACCUAUGAGAAUGUGGGUACAGUGAACCCUCUCGCUACUUCAGGGGGUAGCGAAACAGAUGAAUCAAGUGGGACUGUUGUUCAUAUCAACGAACUGUAUUCCAUACCAGCAAUAGACGACGUUCCAUCUGAAGAUCUCAAUGGCCACAGCUCUUGCUGAUUUUUUGACAACAUUUUAAUAUGAGCCUGCGCACGGAACGUGGUACUUUAUUUUACUUUUGACAAACGGUUUUUUCAUAUGACGCAACGACAAGGAAUGAAACACAUAAUCUUCAACUUUAGAAAUUUUAAAACGAGCCUGCGCGCGGAUACUUUAUUUUACUUUUGGCGAAUGGUUUUUUCAUAUGACGCAACGACAGAGAAUCCAUGCAACACUGCUGUGCAAUUUCAAACAUUUGUAUAUAUUUAUUUUCCAAGUAUUUUUACGACAGUGACGGGGCGAUUGUGAUCAUAUCAACUCCAGCCCCAAUGUAGGUAGACGCACUCAGUUUUCAUAUACUGACUUACAUAAGCUGUGACUUUUAUCAUGAUUUGUACAUAAAAUCUUUUUAUCAGUCAUUCAGAAAAAAUAAUUAUGCAUGUUAAACAUAUUUCAUAUUUGAAUUGACAAGUCGCUCUACACAUGCGUGCAAAAUAAAUAACAAUUAUGUCAUUUUGUUGGCAUAAAUUUGAAAAUAGACAUCAAUAAAGCUAUACAAGUCUAAAAUCUUGCGCGUUUAAAUUUCUAACAAUAUUUGCGCUAGUGGUUUGAAAUGACGCAACGUCCUGCGGUUAAUGUUAUUAGGCGAGGUAUUGUGAUUAAGAGUUGCUGUAAUCAUUUUCUGCGCGUACAUCAUAAAUUAUUGUCUUUGGCAUGUGUCGAUUAUCAUUGCGUUUAAAGCAUUCUAUGUAGUCUGCUGUUGUGACCUCUGUAUGUUUAGAUUGCUAAAGUAAUACGCAAGAUCGUUUUCCUAAAAACAAAGGUCUCAUAACAUUUUUAUUGGGAAUUAAUUGCGCCGAAUGUUUCCGCUUCGCCAAGAGGAGAAGCACUUCAGAUUUUGCAGUAGGCACUUUAUCGCCCGUGCGCACAGCCGGAUUGACGCAAAAUGUGAUAAAUUGUAUUUUGCACGGGUUUGCGCAUUUCAGCUAAAUCAUUAAACAGAUAUACGAUUAAUUAAGAUGGUAUCACGGUCGUUUUAUCACAAGUAUUACUUUAAACACAAAGCAUAACUACGCUGUUUUUCUCAUCAAAAUUACUGUCAGCAAUAUCGAUCUUUGCGCGCGAUAGACAACACAGCGCUACCUUAAAUAGCAUUGUGUGCAUCAUAGCUGCAUAUUAUCGGAGACAAACU